UUCUAUAAUACAAAAAGAGGAGCUUAUCUAAUUGUUUUUACAAAGCGUAUAUAGUAAAAAAGGGUUUUGCUAGAAUGAAUAAACCAAAUUCCAUCCAUCGAUUCUAAGACAGUCUACCGCUGCAUACUAGGAUGGUGGAGGUCGUGACGCAGCCUUUGGCGCGAGCCUGGGUGAAACGGCCUCUAGUGCAGAUCUUGGUGGUAGUAGCAAAUAUUCAACUUUGUUUAUUUUCGCAUUGCCUGUCCAUUUCUUACUGUCGUGGAUCUUGUUCAAGGGGCUCGCUGCUGGAUUUCCAAAGACACACGAUGCUGUUUAUCCGAGGCAUUGUCUUUUGCCAAUCGUCAGUUGCUGUAUGAUCUUGAAACAUUCUGCCAAUCUCUCGCCAUCAACCGGUCAGUGCCACGUCAUUCGAAGGGUGGCCUCCGUAUUUCAAAUUAAAAGGCUCUUUGCGUUUGUUUACUGCUUGCAAUUAAAGAUGCAUUUAAAAGUGACUGAAAGAACGAAGAGUUACGUCCAGACUAAUGGUUGUGUCCAGUCAGCCAUGCAGUCCAUCAACUAACUUUGACACAAAUAUUUUACAGAUCAUUUUUACAGCCCCCCGAUACCUUUCUAUUCCUACACGAUUGUAAUUGUUAUCUAUUUACUCUUUUCUUAUAAGAAGCCCAUUGAGCUUAAUCGUUAUAUUAUAUGUCGACGCAAACUGCGUAUAAAACUACACCGAAUAUUUGCGGAGAAAGAAGAAAUUUCGCAUGCCUUACAAUUAAAAGAAACUUUAGCACUUUCCAUCGCAGUAGCUUCAGAGACAUAUCUUCUUUGUCUUCUCCUUUGACAAGACGUUUCUGGUAUGCCUUAAUGAAUAUGCAGAUUCUUGCCCCAAAAAGCAAUAUACUUGCUCCGAGUACGAUAUCAGCUCUAAAUACUCUUGGGAUCAGAUUGUUUAUUCUCUUGAUUUAUGCAUAUGCAUAAACAUAUGCAGCGGAAAACUUAAGUGUUCAAUAUUGCUGUCAUACAAGGGAGUGAAUUGAAACGAUGUGACGGUUUUCCAAACUUCAAUUUACUGGGCCAUUCAGGAUAGAGAAAAAUCAUACUGAAACGAAUUCGCUUAUCAUAAACGACUUCGAUGUUUUGCGCUAACCUGGUCAGUUUAACAGAUUUUGAAGGAAAUGUAUAAAUUAUCUUUAGGGUAAAAUGUCCUGAGAGUUAAUAAAGCGAAUUCUUAUACCCAGCUCUACGAUUAGGCUCUUGCUGUAUAAUAUUCGGUUCUUCCUUGCUUUACGUCACAUAAAGCAAUCACAUUUUACUUAUGUUUCUAGACUUCGCGGUUACACAACAAAUCUCCUUCAAAUUCUCAUUUGUCACUAGUGGUGAAAUCAACUGUAGCCGGUAAAUCAAUUGGUUACCCGGUUUUAUUAUUGCAAAUCAGGAAUAUGUUUUUCAAUGUUUAUCUUGAUGAUACUUUAUUUGAUCUUUCUACGGUUGCUAAAAAAUAAUAUGUUUUGGGGGUUUUUUUCGCUGAGUUUUGUUAUUAGGUACGUAGGAAAUUCCAGUGAUUUCCACAUUACCUAAUUGUGGUUAUCUUUGUUAGAGUGGAUUGAAACUGUGGCAUCCGGGUCAUUUAUUCUGGAUUCUUAAAGAUGUACUUUCUUCGCUACUUUCCGGAGAUGCUCACCAAAACGGGAAUUCAACUGACGGGACGGUAUUAUUAUUUAAUUUAAUGUUCAAGUAGAUUUAAGGCACUUAGUAGCUAUUCUUAGCAAACAGUGUCCUGGUCCUUCUUCCUGAUGUGACAACAUCUCGUGGUUCCUACACCUGGAAUAACAGAGCUGGGUUUACAUGUACCCGGUAAAUGAAAUGGCUAUCCGGUUGCACUAUUAUAAGCCGGUCAUAUCCGGUCAUAUGGAUACAUAACAGGGAUUUGUUUUCUAAUGUUUACCGUGCUGAAGUCGCUGAAGUAUUCUUUGAUCUUCUUUGGCUGCUAAUAGGAAAGUUACGUGUACCCGGUCAAUGAAAUGGCUAUCCGGUUGCACUAUUAUAAGCCGGUCAUAUCUCGGUUCAUAUGGAUACAUAACAGGGAUUUGUUUUCUAAUGUUUAUCGUGCUGAAGUCGCUGAAGUAUUCUUCGAUUAUCUUUGGCUGCUUAUAGGAAAGUUACGUGUAGCCUGUAAAUGAGUUGACUACAAGAAUGCAUUUCGAUAAGCCGGUCAUAUCUCGGUCUUUAUAGAUGUGUAUUUGGCAUAUGCUCUCCGAUGUUUAUCUUGAUAAAGCAAUUUUCCCAUCCUUCCUUUCCUCUACCUGCGUUGUCCUCAGUAUGUUUUUUUCGUUUGAGGUGAUAUUUAAUUUCACAGCACAACCUUGUUAGCAAUAGAACGCUGCACUAAACCAUAUUCCCAUUGACAUAUCCGGAGAGCUUUUGAAAGUGAAUUGAAUGCUUUGAGAAAAUGUUUCCAUCGUAGUCUGUGCUAUGUUAAAACAACCUGACUAAUUUGAGCGUAUUCUAAGCAGCUUGCAGACAGAAGCAGGUGUUUCAACUGCAAAGCGGAGAAUUUCUUUUGCCGUAAAAACAAAGGAAUGCUAGAAAUUAUUCAUGAACGUCAUUUGUGCUAAAAUUUCUCAUCCUAGCCAGUUGAAAUAAGGGAAGAACAAUUCACAGGGAAGUUAAUUAACAAAGUGCAUUAAUUCUACCCUGGCGCAUUGUCCGUCUUAUUUUACAUGACUCGAUUCCAGAACUGAACUUUCACCGAACAAACAGGUACUUGGGGCCGGAUUCUUGAUGCAGAUUUAAUCCAUUUUGAGCGGUAAGUCCUGCAAGAUAUCACCAUACUGGCUAGGAAGACAACUCGCUUCGUCGCUUUGCCAAUCUACAAGCUACUACACACAAGCAUUGCAUCCGUUCUGCUCUCAAGCGUCUCUAUUUUCGCUGGGAAGCUUUAAUUUGAUUACGCUUGAUGUACAAGUAUCAAAUGUUGUUUUUGCAGUAACCCGACUUCUCCGAAGUUAGACGCCUCUGUGCAUUCUUCAGGGAUGUUAAAGACGCAUGCUGCAUUUAGCAGUAAUCCAAACACGGAGAAUUUACACAAGAUAAUGCCGCAGAAAUUUCCAUGUAUUCGUGAAGUCGCUUAGGAUGUGCCUAUGAAUAUAAAUUCUUAUUUUUAUAGUGUCAUGUUAGCUGUUCGUAAAACAUGUUCACAAGGCUCGGUGAUGGCAGCACUGCAAUAGUUUGUUUAUAUCUUCGCUUUGGAUUGUGAUCAACGUCUUGCUGUUGUUGUGUUUUUAUAGAUUUUACAUUAUCGUGUUCAAAGUCACUUGAAGGCAAUUUUAUGUCAUGGAUUGGCUUAUAUCUAUCAAAGUAACCUGCCAAUCGCACUAGUCUGAACAUUUUUGGCGUUUCUCUAGUGUAGGUAUGCCGAUUGUUUGAUUUUCUACGUUUAAAAACACCAAAAUAUUGGCGAAAAUGGAAGAGGCAAGUGGUAUCAAUCAUAAUUCGCCUGCCAGAGUAAUACUUCGAGGAAAAACAUCGCGAGCAAGGUUGCGGCGUAAACGAUCAUCUCUUAUCCUUGAGCCGCUUUACGCCCAAGUUACGAACUUUGUGCGAGAUGCGGCUCGUAAAAAACCAAGACGAGGGAAACGGUCAAAGAAAUCUGAGGUUUUAAUGACGGAAAUCAGUAAUGGUAUGCUUAGGUUGGUGCGUGUUGGACGAGGCAUUGCUUUUGAUUACCCAGAGGUUCGAGCAGAAAUGGCUACUGCCUGUCGAAAUAUCGAGAUAUUAGGCGCAAAGCUACAGACAACCGCAGUUGAUUUUUUCAAUUUUCCUUGUUCACCCACAAAGCGUCAAGACAUAGUACGAGCUGCUGAUGCCUUGCUUAGUGGAGUUACCAGAAUGCUGUAUAUUGCAGAUAUUGCCGAUGCACUGAGACUUCAAGCUUCUUUAAAGCAGGUUGAUCGGAAGUUAGCAGAUCUUGACCUGUCCCGAAACACCAAGGAUUUGAUAAAAAGUUUUAAAAGGCUUGGGAAGGAUUUACUUACUGUCACAAACCUGACAAGUGAUAUUGAAGAUAUGAGUGACCCUGAAAGAUCGCGAAACCUCGAGGCAGCAUGUGACACGCUGCGGAGGACAGGUGUCACUUUGGAGGCCGCUCCAAAAAAAUAUGGACAGGAAGAGCCAGUCCUUAGAGAUAUCAGGAACGAUUUUUACGGCGUAUUGCAACAGGUAAUUGGUGCAACUGACGUUAUCUCAAAUGUCUUACACCCGAACCCAGGCGACGAAGAUGACGUCAAAGGGGUCAUAAAUGAUAUUAUCACUCACUUUAUGAAGGCUGGCACCCCCUCAUCGCAGCACCAGCCACCCGAUGUUGAUGUUUUCAGAUUUUCAGAGGCUUUAUCAAAUAUUGACGAAAAAAUUGACGUUUGUUCCUGUGUCUAUUCGGACAUGGCCAUUCGUACUGAAGUGCAAAGAGCCUUGAACAAAGUAAUCAAGGAGGCUGCGGUUGUCGCUGAUUUGAGUGGGGUGAAGGAGAAGACAAGGUCAACAUUGUUGCAGUCAUGCUUCAAGACUACAGAUACAGUGAAGAAUUCGAUCGCAAAGAAUACUGAUGCGGAUAGCGAUAUUCUUGAUGAAAAUGAGCUGCAGCGUCAGACAAUCGUAGGCAUGGCUCGAGAAGCGACAAAAGACUUACGAAAGAGUGUUCUCAAUUCGCUUCUUGACCACAUUGCAUCCAAGUACAAAGGAAUGGAAAAGUUUUUGAGCCCCGGUGCUAUUUUGAACAAAGAGGAGUACUACUCACUUCAUGAGUAUGUGGAAUACAUGAAAGAGGUAGCCAGACUGACAACAUCUCUAUCAGAAGACGAGGGAAUGAAGAAAAACAUUGACGGGGCAGUGAAGAGACUUAGCUACAUACGUAGAGAGGUCGUAGCAACAUCUGAAGUUCUGGUAAACUCGAAAAGGAAGUUGACAAGUUGCAAAGCCUCUUGGAGAUCAAAUGUCAACACCCUUGAGAAGGCAAUGAAAAGUGUCAGUAACAGUACCUUAGGCAAUAAAAGUCAUUUGCUUCGGGUGCCGGAUAAAUCAACUGAUACAAAGCAAUCGCAGGAUUUUUGUAACUAUGGAGUCAAUGGACCAGAUGACAGCUAUUGGUGGGACAGUACAACGGAUUCAUUUGCACCCAGAUCGCGCUCCUCGUCAAGUGAAGACUUUCCUCAGAGUGGCUCUGAUGUUAUCCCUAUCUCCGAUGAAAGCAGUGUGUAUUCUGAUAACAUUGGGAAUGUCCUCGAGCGCAUUACUGAACAAUAUUGCACGAGAGCAACGCGCACGUACACGCCACAGCCACAAAAACAGGCAAACGGGCUGAAUCCCUCUGAGACAUUCACUCCGCAGCCAAUUCGAAGAGCAUGCUCCCAGUUGGCUGAACCAUAUUCUCCUCACCCCAGACGGAGGUUUCGAUCAUUCAAUUCCGGGAAGAAAUACCUCGGACACGAUUUUGAAGAUUUGCAGCUAGCAGUCUCAGAUAUGCAAGUGAACAUUGCUCCAAAACUCGCCAAUUUCCUCUCAAGUACCAGCAAAGGAAAACAUUCAAAAUGCAGCGAUGAGAACCACACUGUCAUAGUUGACUCAUUAAGACUCGUAUAUAGAGGAAUUCAAACGAUUUGCAGUGCCUUACUGGAUAAGGACCAGUUCAAACAGCCCGAUUUUGAAUUUAAAGAGGCUAAAAUCCCUGUUGAAAAUGGUGCCAAUGGAAGGUCGGAAUCAUUUAGCUCAAAAUCCCCCGAUGAUGAAUAUUUUGAUAGAGAUGUUAUGGAAAUAGCCCGUCUUGGAGGAAUAGGCGGACGCCUUUGGGGCACACACAGUGCCAUGGAAAUACGAGGUAAUCAUGUAUCAAAAGGCAAAGAAACCAGCCUAUGAAAACCUAUGAAUUAGAUCAGCUUGAUGCUUGGUUAUACUGAAAGUCACCUUUUGAACAUUUAUCACUUCAAAGCUCGUAUACAAAAUUGGUUUCCUACUUGGGGUUCAACCAACUGACUAAAAAUUCGUUUCCUCCCUGCCUUUUCCUGAAUAAAGCUAAACAGAAAAGGACAUCUAAAAUACAAUUCAAUUUUCAUUCAGUUUAAGCGUCAAUUGACGUACGCUCAUUUUGAUUUAAAACCCAAAAAAUCCUCUGCAAUUAAUAUGAAAGUAACGAAAAUUUCAUCAAGAUUCCUUAAAGAUCAUAUAAGCUACAGGCAAAUGCGCCGUAUGGUAUGCAAAUAAGAGUUAUCUUUAACAGCCAUUUCUGCUUAGCUGACCUAUGGGGGGGCCAUUAUCUAAGCCGGGGCCAUUAUAAGCAAUGUUUGUGCAAUACUUUGGAAGGCCCCUUCGUUUCAAAUGCGUUAUCCUAAUAUACGUAUUUCAUUCAUCGGUACACUUAAAUUAGCUGCUUUUUAGAUAUAAUUUUUAUUAUGUUUCUUCUAGAGAAUUUAUCCCUUUAUUAUAAAUAGAAAGAUGUUUGCUCAUAUGUUUUGCUUUCAAGAAAUAAGAAAGCCCAUAUUAGAUAAAGAGGCAAUCUUUUAUGCUCUCCUUUUGUAUUUUGACCAGUCUGCCGAUGUCCUAGAUUUAAAUGCAAAACGCUUCUCAAUAGCUACAAUCACAGCCAAAAUUACUUGGAACACCGAACACUUUGCGCUGUGCUUUUCUAUUUUUCAUUUGUUUUCUUGAAUACUACCAAUUCCGCUCUCCUUUCCCCCCAAAACAAUGUUGAAAGUAUAGAAAAAUAUCAAACAAUCCACACAAAAAAGCGUACUCCAUAACCCCUUUCUUUUUUCUAUAGUAAAUCAACAUUGUUCCUAGGGGGAGAGGGGGGUGGCUGAAUUUGCCUUUGAAAACCUACGUUAGUGUUCCAAGACUUUUGGCAGUGAUUGUAGAGUCAAGUUAACGACGCACAAUGUCACAGGUCAUGGGUUCGAGUCCUGUCCUGGUCAUAUCUCUCACUUGCAUUUUCUCUUGGUACAUCUUCGCAAAUCUUGUUCUCCUGUCACUUAUCAACAAGCUAGGAACUUAUUUUUAUAAGAUUAUAAACGCAUUAUUAUGUGAGGAUGUGAGUAAUGAGAGACUGGAACGAGAGUCAUUGUUGUUGUGAUUAGUGAGCGAGAGAGAAGGGACGGAAGUUGAAGCGGAGAUAUAGGUUGAAUAGGUAGCAGAAGAUCGAAGAAGAAGAGAAACUGAAUUAUCGUUUAUAUUUGCUUUCCUACUUGCAUGCUUCGUCACAAUUACUAUCAAAUACUCGUCCCUGUUUAAGAAUAUAUUCAAUAUCACUGAUAAGAUUAGGAAGAUUUUUUAGUUCUGAUCUGGUAUAGGCCAGUCUUGACAAACCAUCAUCAAAAACCAGUAUCAGAUUGCUAUAUCUUAAGUUCCGUAUGACAAAUAAAAUUGCUACAUCGAGUUACUUACAGUCAGUAUUUUACGAGGUAUGUUGCUACAAACUAUACUGUUCUAUUGAAGCGUAACUACUCUUUGCCUACUUCUCAUAAAUUUCUUUGAUCCUGUUUAAACAAAUAUACAUUGGCUUGAAUAUAUUUUUGGCGGUUGCUGAAACUUGUCAAAUGAUGCGUUGGGGCACUCAGCGACAAAUCUAGUCUGAAUUAUUUUGACUGUUGACUUUCUUAUAUACAGCCUUGAAGUUUCUCGUUCUUAUUGAAGUUAAUUUCCCUGCAAAAUUCGAGAGUAUCUACUCUCUUGAUUUGAUAGAGGCACUAAAAAAGGUAGAUAAUUUUCCAUUUUCUCUUUAUCUAUAUUUUGUGAUUGAGGUUUAAUCUGACAUUAACGUCUAACGCAAUAGCCUUAGCAAAUUGGUUGUUGCACGUUGAUGGUACGAAUAGCAAAUUGGUUGUUGCACGUUGAUGGUACGAAAAAAUCUCUUCAAUUACCUUGUAUGAGAGCUAAGCCUCUUUCCACCAAUUGCAAUUGAAAAGUUUCCUAACACACAGACUUCCGUAAAAACAGAACGAUGUAUACCUUAGCAAAAUAAUAAAAAAAUUGACAGCAAAUUUUUCUUAGUGGAGCAAAAUCCUAUGAAAUAUCUGAACAGCGAACUGAGAAUUCCUUGUGUUGUUGCAGUUUUAAAUUCUAAGUUAGCUCUGGAAAUGGACUUUAUGAGAGUCAAAAUAGAAAUCGCCUCUUCAACUUGAUAACUUUGAUUGGCAACCUGUGCACAGCUGAAAAGUUACGAUUCCAUAAUCACAAAAAGGGAACAUACAUCUAGAUUUAGGCCCAUAUUCGCUAACAAAAGAGAUUGGUUUUAUUAAUUUAGAAUUAAACGCGGAAAUCAUCCAAAGAUGUCACCGCGGAAAUCACCCAAAGUGAGAUUUUAUACCUCUUUCCUAUUUCUGAUCCCACUUCCUACAAUAUCUGAACAGGUUUUCUUCGCAAAAGGCAAAGACAAGAAUAAACUAGGUUCCUCACUAUGCGAGAAGCUCGUUUAUGAAUAUCGGAAGCCAGAAAGUUCGAUGGUCUUAAGAUAAUCUAUUUUUACUGAAUCAUAACAAUAGUAUUUCUAUCGCCUAUCGUUGCUUGAUAAAUUUGUGUACUUUUACUAAAGGCUUUACGACAAUUUAAAUUAUAAAAAAACUAUUCCUGAUACAUCAGCCAUUGAAAACAAGUCAUUCGAUUUUUAGACUGUCCAAAACACAAAAAAGGAUUACGAAUAAGAAUAAACACAAAACACAUAAUAUUCUUAUUCUGUGUUCCAAAACAUUACUAGGUAAAUUAAAUAUAAACUUUCUUAUUGUUUGAGAGCAGAUUCAGCCCUUUCGUUUCUUUUUGUAACUUUAAAAUAUUUUUUUUGUAACAUCAGCCUUCAAUAACAAAUCUACUUGCCUGCGUGCAGACACUAGCCAUUACGAAGGAGGGUUAGAGUCUGGAUGCAAGUUGGCUAAUGAUUUAUUACUGUAAAACAUGUUUACAAAUACACAUUCUGAAGAAUUACUACAAAUGUUUGCUAUCUACCAAACCCCCAAAAAUUUCUGUAGCAAAUAUUCAAUAUCUGGUCAAGAUGACAAUUCUUCUAAAAAUAUUACACAAACAAUUCUGUCGAAUAUCAUCAAUCAGUUUGAUAAAUUAUGAAAAAUUAUCCACACGGUUAGAUUGAAUGCCUGUUCAGUAAAGACAAAUCGCAAGAUUCAUAUGUAGAUAAAUGAAAAAACAUUAAUAUUCUAAAAUUUCUUUCGAUUUACUGUUUGAGUUCCGCGAGGAAGUGGUUAACCAUAAAAUUAGGAUAUGUGGAGAAAAUCCACAAAAUUGACAUCACAACUUUUUAGACAUAGAAAAUACAAAAAACAUUACUCCGUUACUCGAAAAAUUACCUACUUUGUCUGGUAGACC